ACAAGUUUUUCUCGUCUAAUACCCAGAGUCCAAGUAUACCGAGCACAUUCUUAUGGAAUGUUAAAACCUGCACGGUAUCAGCGUUCCACUUCAUGGACGACUUCAUUUUUGAGCAGUUGAGAAUCUCUCGAGCUUUGGAACUUGCACGGCUACAUACUUCGUGGAUAUGUCGGCUCGUUAUUCGUCGGAUAUGUACUUCACAUGAUCCAGCAAGCCUCUACGAAAACAGUUAGGUCGAAUGAAGUCUGCAUCGCAUUAGACGCAGUUCAAUGGACUGUUUCAGCCUUUAUCACUCAAUUCUGGUUUUCGGCGAGCUUCUUCUGGUUGAAUGUGAUGUGUUUCGAUAUUUGGUGGAGAUUUGGACAAGUACGCUCUUUCCAAGGAAGCAUGACGCGAGAAGAUAGAAGAAGAUUCAUCAUAUAUUCGAUAUACGCAUGGGGUUGCGCCUCCAUCCUCAUCAUCGUUUGCGCCAUCAUCGAUUUCGUACCUAGUGUGCCGGAAAACUUCAUCAAGCCGCAACUCUCCAAACUUGAAUGUUGGUCGACAGGACACGUUGGUUAUGUUGCAGAAGAGAAUAAGCUAGAAGGAAUAUAUUUUUAUGGACCCGCAAGUGUCAUCAUAGUCGGCAACAUCUGCAUGUUUAUUUCCACAACGUUAAAGUUCAAGCGGAACAACAGGAAUAUAGAAUCCAUUAUGAAAAACAUGGAAAGUAGACGUCACGACAACAACAAACAAACCUUUAUCCUUUACGUGAAGCUGUUCAUCCUAAUGGUUCAUCCUAUAACCUCGUUCAUGGAGAUAAUACCGUGGAUAUAUAAGGGCAAACCGCUGUACAUCUGGUACUACAUUGACUUCAUAAUUGACUGUCUGUACGGACUCAUAAUCUUCAUAAUAUUCGUGUGUAAGGACAAUAUCAAGAAGUUACUGCUAAAGAAAUUCCGCCAGAACUGCACAUUCUCUCUAUUCUCCAGAAAUACAUUACGUAGCGGUUGUCAUAACACGAUCUUGCCCACCUCUGAAGCGAUACCUCUUAAUAAAAUCAGCCCUUGUGUACAAAUGAAUUGCCGCGCGGAAAAUUUGUCUGACUAGAACGACUCACCAUUAACGUAACACAAAGAGUAGGUUUCUAUCGUACAUUUAUGGUCGGCAAAAUACUGCGUGUAAAAGCGCAAAAAUUUAUACGCAGAAUGUAAUCUGACAAAUUCAUUUAUGUUAAAAAAAUUCUAUUAUAAAAUUCAACAAGUACUUGAUAAGGACAUACAGUCAUACGUAUAUCAGUAUGAUACCUCCUUCAAUGUUAAACUUACAUUUAAAAUAUUUUUCACGAGCCAUUUUGUUUUUGAGAUAUUUUUAUAUUUAUUUUCGUAUUUAGGACGCCCCAUAUAUAUGCAAACAUAUUCGAAACAACAAAUCUACUGUGAUUUUCAAGUAAUAUAUACACUUGUUCCUUUUCAUAUUUUACAAAGGCAAAUUAUUUUUUCAGGCCAAAAACGCAACAACAAUAUUCGGGAAUUGAAAGAAAAUUACUAAGUAAAUAUAUUUGAAUUUUAUUUAUGUAAUUAAGUAAUAUAUUUAUAUUAAAACAGAUAA